UUGAACCACGUGGUAUCAGCGAAGUCAAGCGAGAUAAGAGGGAAUAAACACUGUGAAAUUUCAUCUGAUAAACAUCGAAUUGACCUCGAUUAUAAUCAGUGAUCGGCUGUGUGAAGAUGAACAGUGUUGGUGAGGGCUGUACGGAGCUCAAGCGCGAGUAUGAUCAGUGUUUUAAUCGCUGGUUUGCCGAGAAAUUCCUGAAGGGAGAUCGCAGUGGAGACCCGUGUACUGAAUUAUUCAAGAAAUAUCACACAUGUGUGCAGAAAGCCAUCAAAGAGAAGGACAUUCCUAUAGAAGGUGUGGAGUUCAUGGGCCCAAACCAAGAGAAACCAGACAGCUGAUGGGCCUGAAAUUCACCGAACAUGACCUGAUGUUAUUAAUGGAUGGGAUAUUCGUGUUUCAUCUGUGGCUUAUAUGGACAAGAAGGAUGUGCUUCCAUCAACAGACUUGAUGAUGUAUUCAUGGGCACCUGGAUAAUUUGUUGGAUCAUGCAUAUUUUUAAGGCCAAAGCGCUUUGCCUGUUAUAUCAUUAUUAAAGAGGAUUGAUUUGGCAUGCUUAAGCAGUCAAUGCAUCCCUGAUGAAUUUGAGCAUGCAGGAGAAAUGCAUUAUGUAUUGAAUUUUGCUAGAAAUCUAAAGGUUACUGGGGAAACGUGUAGCUGUUUUCAAUGUGCCUCAGAAGAUUAUCUAUUAAUGUAGAGCAUUAAUACAUUUGAGAUCAAUGUAAAAGGGUACUUUUGUUUUGCUUUGAGUGUCUUCAACUAUUGCAAGACAGUUGUUUACUGCUGCCAUUUCCCUGUAGUAUGAGUGUGACACAUCUCAUUCAUUUUCUCUGUUUUUAUGAUCACAACAGUCCACAACACAUUAUUUAUUGCAACCUUAUUACAUUUAUGUGAAACAGAUCAGCAUUGGUGUUUUAUUACAGUAAAGAAUGGACCAUUAAAAGUAUUAAGUAAUGUUCUGUUGGCAUACAACAAGGUUCCCACAUCUUUUGACUAAAUAAUUUGUGUGAUUACCAGAUAAGGACUUCCAUUGGUAGUUCAGCUAACAAUUUUGGAAUACAAUUAAAACAAAUGCUUUUUAGCAUUCAGAUUUCAAUUCCUUGAAAAGUAAAGUUUUGCCAAUAAGUUGUUUUAUAUCAGAGAAUAAAUAUAAAGAAUAUUACUUGCUUAAAUUA